AUGGCUAGUAGAAGUCGAGCUAGAGCGAAAACUAGAGAUGGUAAACCGGUAGAGUUAUAUCUGAUCAGAAUAUCACCAGCCUGUAGAGCCGUGUGGAUUUAUCUCCUUCAGAAUCGAAUACCACAUGUAUUAAAAGAUGUCAAUUUUGGAAUCGACAGUGAAAAUUUACCAGACGUGUUUUUACAACAACCACAUCAUGAAGUACCUUUACUAGUUGAUGGAGAUGUCGUUAUUUUUGAAGGUCCAGCUAUUUUGAACUAUUUAGCUGAACAUUAUACUCAGCAUGCUGGUUUUGGACCGAAUUUACAGACGAGAGCUCUAACACAAUCAGUUAUAAGUUGGGCCAAUAGUGAACUUCAUAGAGUAAUCGGUCAUGAAUACAUCUACCCACAAUUCCUAGAGAAAUACGCCAUUCCAUCAGAGCGGUUAAAUAACGCAAUGGUGGAAUAUGGUCUGAAACAUGUUUCUCAAAAACUAGAAAUCAUCGAAAAUCGUUAUUUAAAGAAAAAUAAGUUUUUAACCGGCAAGACAAUAACAAUGGCGGAUAUUUAUGCAGCAACAAUCGUUCUACAGUUACAAUGGACCGGGACCACGUCAAGAAUGUGGCCGAACAUUAUACAGUGGCUAGCUCGGGUUCAGCGGGAAGAUUUCUGGGAAACUGUACACACAGCACAUAGAGAUUAUGUUGAGGAACUGACUAGCGGACGGUUUUCACAUUGA